AUGGAAUGCGGCGUGUGGGUUGGAUUAUCGACACUUCCCGGAACUGGAAUUGGAAUGUUUGCAGGUAAAGACUUUCGAAAGGGAGAGACUCUGCUGGAUUACGGAGAUCAUAUCAUUCCGAUUGUCGAUAUCAGUUCCAAGUUUCAAAAUCCAAAGGACAUUGAUCGGUCGGAGGUUUCCUUCUUGUGGACCGAGUAUACUUGGAAUGCGGAUUACUUUGGCAUGAGCAGAAUGGGAAUGGAUGCUGUAGAAGUGGCGUCCGCGGGCUUUGGGGCAGCGGCCAAUUCCUUUAUGGAUUUUGUCAAUGUUAAGGAAGAAGACACGGCCAAGUACACAGUACCAGACAAUAUUCAUAGAUCUAGGGAUCCGGAAGCAGGGGCCUUUACAUAUCAUCACAGUCGGGGUUCCUUUGCAAACGAUCAUAUACGAGCGGGACAAGAACUCUUUGUAUCCUAUGGAGACAAAUGGUUCAAAGGACGCAAAAAGUUGAUUGGACCAGUACCGAUUACCAAGGAUCACGUCAAGGCGGAGAAUUUGCAUGUCAUUUUUCAACACAAACUGCUAAAUCGGCGACCCAAACUCAAGGCAAUACUGGAAGAAAUGUGGCACAUUUUUGUGGGCGACCCAGAGUUCAACCCAUGGGAGUCGUCCCUGUUGGCUGCACUUCCAGAAAAGGACGAGUAUGAUUUGAUGGAACAGAUUGGACUGAUUGAACUCAAACGACGAAAGAUGGUCCGAUCCCAAGAAUGGUUGGAAGAACAUGCGGUAUGUGCCGAUAAUUUUUACUUUGGCGUCUCGUCCAUUCCCAAAGCUGGUCAUGGUGCCUUUGCCAAGCGAAAAUUAAAAGCUGGUACCGCCAUCCUGCCAGUACCACUCAUUCACAUUCCGGAUCGAUCCAUCUUGGAAAUGUAUCACCCUUCUGGUGUGAGGGAAAAGAAUCGACAGAACAAGACAUCAAUACCAGAAAAGGGCCAACAAUUGCUGGUCAACUACUGCCUGGGGCAUGCCAACAGCACAAUGCUGCUGUCACCUUAUGGGCCAGCCUUCAACCUCAUCAAUCACAAUCAAACACGGGUCAAUGUCAAAUUGCAAUGGGCGCUUCCGAAACGCAGCAAUCACUUUCCAGAAAUGUUGGAAAAGGAUCCAUCCUACUUUUCCGAUAUCAAGAGUGCCAAAUUGGCCAUGGAAGUUGUCGCGCUCCGUGACAUUGAACCAGACGAAGAGAUCCUGUUGGAUUAUGGCGAGGAAUGGGAAGCUGCCUGGCAAAACCAUGUCCAAACUUGGAAUCCUGUUCCAGAUGCCCACGACUACGUUUCGGCGGCCGAAAUGAACAAACGACCCGAGCGAUUGCGGACCGAGUUUGAACAAAUCUACGAUCCGUAUCCAAGCAACCUUGCCAUUGUCUUUAAGGAGAGUUAUGAACACAACAUGGGACCCUACCGAGACACCAAGGAAAUUGGACACAAGAAUGUGAAAUUUUCCACGGGAGAUUCCAACAAACAUACGUGUGAAAUAUUGAGUGCCAAACCAUUGUACAAACGCACCGUGUAUACCGCAGUCCUUGGAAUUGGAGGAGAAGGAGCGGAGGAGAUGGUAUUAUUGGAAAACCUUCCAAGAGAAGCCUUUGAAUUCCAAGACCGGCCACAUACCGAAGACUUGUUCUUGCCGAAUGCCUUUCGGCACGAUAUCCGAAUACCGGACGAAAUGUUUCCAGAAGCAUGGAAGAAUAAUAUGCAAUGA